AUGUCGUCGUCGUCGUCGUCGCCGUCGAAGGCGAAGAGGCCAGGCGGCGGUAGCAUCCAGGGCCCGCGGCCGCAGUCGCUGAUCGUGUCGCCGGCGGCGGCGGAGGCGAGUCGGCCGACCAAGAAACCCCGUGUCGUCGCCGGCGGCGGCGACAUGGGACCGGUGAUCGUGUACGAGCUCACGCCCAGGGUCGUCCACGCGCAGCCGGAGGAGUUCAGGGCCAUCGUGCAGAAGCUCACCGGCAAGCCGUCGACGGCGACGGCGACGGCGCCGUCGGAUCCAACCGCGACAUUGCCGGACCUGGUGGCCGGAGGCAGGGCCGCCGCCGCCGCCGACCCACUGGUGCUCGCGCUUGGGCAGCAGCGUCAGCCUGCUCCGCCGGCGAUUGACGACAACGACGACGACGACGACGACCAUUCGGCGCAUCCAUUUCUUCUUCCAUCUCCGGCGGCUGCUUCUCUUCUGUCGCCGAGUAGCCUCUUCUUCUCGCCGACCACGAUGCAGGCCUUGCAAGAGCUGGGCGUUUUGUUCUAA